AUGUCACUUUGUUUUUGUUACUGGUACUACAUGUUCUGUGUUCAAUCCAUCAGACCGAUGGCACAGCCAAAUGUUACUUUGAUUGCCGAUUUGGAUGUACUUAAAGAUGAUUCGGCUAUCAAAGUCAGAGUGAUAAACCUAUGGAACCUUUUUUCAUUCUAUAACAAGGACGAACUUUUCUCCAUUGAAUUAAUCUUAAUAGAUGAGCAGGGUACUAAGAUCCAAGCAAAUGUAACAAGAAAAAACAUCUAUCGAUUCAAAAACAUUCUAAAAGAUGGCUUGACAUUCUACAUAAAAUGUCCAAGCUUUGCAUCUCAAAGGAUGGGUGGUUUUACUUUAACUCGGCAAGAUCAUAAGCUUAUUUUUGUCCAUGAAAUUGUUGUUACGGAGUGUUAUGACUUUUCUGGACCUACAUUUGGUUUUGAGUUUGUUGAUUACCAAUCUAUUAUCUCAUUGGUCCAUCCUGAAAACAUCGCUAUCGAUGUUAUUGGAUUAGUCGUUGCAUUUGGUGAGAUGGUGCGAGACAAUGAUGAUAAGAAAAAGCACAGACUAAACAUCCAAAUCCAAGAUGCAAAUGGUUUGCAAUUAAGUGUCAAUUUGUGGGGUGAUUUUGCUUACAAGAUGCAACACUUUCUUGAUAACAAUCCACACAAUCUUCGUAUCAUUGUUAUCCUUCAAUUUGCAAAACUUAGUAUUUGGAGAGAUCGUCCCACGGUUAACACCUACUUUUCUGUGUCAAAGCUGUUCAUUAACACGGACAUUGAUGAAAUCAAUGUUUUUAAGAAAAGUUUGGAUGGAGAUGAUCGCCCUGAUUCAUCCACAAAUACAUUGACACGUAUGAAGUCUAAUAAAGUUUCCGAACAUGAUGAUUUCAUGGUUAACUUUCAGUUGAAGACAAUUUCUGAGGUUUCUAUACCCUUGGAGGUGUGUUGCAACUACAAAGCAUUUCGUCCUCCUGGUGCAAACGAUCAACCUAAUGCUGAUGGAUUAACUAAUGGUUAUGAAUGUCAUAAUAAGGACUGCACAAAAACUGAAACUUCAGUUAUUCCGAGAUUUAUGAUUCCGUUACGUGUACAAGACAGUACUGGUACUGUUACCUUAACCAUGUUUGAAAGGGAUGGAAAGUAUCUUUUGAAGAAAUCAGCCAAGGAUCUAUUUAAUAAAACAUUACAGCUUGGCUUUAGUACUGCUUUCUAUCCCGGAGAGAUAAAUGCACUUAAAGGUUUGAAAUUGGCGUUUAAAAUAUCAAACACUUCAAUGUCUCAAAAAGGAACAACCAAUAUAGUUGGUACUUCACAGUCAUUUGAUAUUGGUAAAGCCGAUUUUGAAUCACAAGAUAAUCGGAUUUUGAAGAUGCAAUUUCUAGGACAGACGACAACAUAA